CCAAAGUAAAUACCAUUCCCCGAAAAAUAAUAACGAUCAGGGAGGAGAGUGGGGUGUGGAAUAGCACUGCCGAUAAUUUUUUUAAGAAUAUGGGAUUUUUGAUUGAUAUAUUAUCCUUGUUAACGUGGCAGUCGACAUUGGAGAGAAAAUCUUAUACCUGCAUCAGUAGUAACUGUACUGUACUAGUAGUUGGGCCACUUUACUCUUGGAUCUUAUAUUAGAUUCUUUGAUAUUGUUUUUGUUUUCUUUGCCUUUAACCUUCACAUGAUAGAUGAUGAUGGGUCUUUUGUACCAUGCAGAUCCUAGGAAAAUCAGCCAAAGUUCUCAGUUUGAUCCAUUCCAUCUCUCUUUCAUUUCUCUCUCUAGGACCAGAAAGGAUGGAUAUCUUCUCUACAGGUUAAUAACACACCGCAAUAUAUUCUUCCAUUUCCUGUGAUGCCAAAGUCAGACAUCAUGGGAAGUUUGGCAAACCCACUACCAUCCACCGGUCCCAAUCUUUAAUGCUUCCCAUUCCCAUGAGUUAUGUAACUCAAACCUUUGGAAACUUCAAUGGUGUGUACCUCCCACUAAAUACCAAACUUCAGACAGAAUCUUCUUGUCUCUAUUAAACUUCCUCAAUUCUCAGUAAUAUCUUCAUCGUCUUCUUCUUCUUCUUCUUCUUCUUCUUUUCCUCUGAGGCAUUUAUACAAGCAGAUUCUUCGUAUUGUAAAAUUCUAAGCUUCAGAUGUUUGAAAGAAAGAUGCAAUCGUCAAAGAGUUCUUCAGUUGGAAGCAAUGAGGAAUUUGCAGAAGUUCUUCGAUCAUCCUGGAUUCGGCGAUUACAUUUAAAAGAACCCACAUCGUCAAUUUUGAAAAACAAAGAAAACCCACCUUCAAUAACACCACCAAUUCCUGUAAAUUCUCCUCCAUCUGAUAACCAAACCACCAUUUCAACCAAUGAAUCUCGUACCCCAAGUUCCAUUUUUAACGCCCCAAUAACUCCUUUUCCACAACCGGAUAAACCAAGUUCGAAAUUGGAUACGAUUAAGUGUUCAUUUCCUGGUUUUGGUCCUUUUCAGUUGAAAAACAGAGCAACUGACUCUAAGAAAGUUACAGUUUUGAGAGAAGAUGGUGAUCAUUUGGUUGACAAUUGUCCAGAAAAUGUGAACAGUAAGAAAAUGAGUUCUUUUUCAGAGAAGAGGUUAGUUAAUGAUCGUCGCGGAACUCCUUUGUCCCCGUUCUUUCAAUAUUGGCCUGAUUCAAAGAAGAAGAACACACCUAUAGAAGAGCAAACGAAGUUUACAGAAUUCGGUACUAGUCCUAAUACUAGCAGUAUUAGCCAUCCCAUGUGUGCGCCAUCUCUGGAAGCUCUUGCCGGUGGUGAAUCUCAGAAUAGGCGAGAUGAACAAUGUUUGGCCAUUACCAGAGUUUCUAGAGACAACCAGUAUUGCUUGAGAAUUGGAGGUGUCAAUUGCAAUGAGAAUUGUGAUAAUGGUGGUGCUAGUAGAAUCCUCAGGGAUCAUCAGCAAAAUGUCGUACUAAGCCAACUCGAAAGGAAUGUUUCUAGAAAUCGAAAUGAGACCGUAAAAGCUUCUUUCUGGAACAUGAACAGAUUUCGGAAAGCCGAACUGUUAUCAUCCAUGUUACAUCCUUGUAGAAGUAGAACUAAAAGAAAAACGCCCAACCCCUUUGAUGAGUCGGCAUGCGUGAAAUUCAGGAAGCUGGGCCAUGAAGACUAGUGUAUCAAAGUUGAGAAAAGAUCAAAGAUGGUGUGACAAUUUUGCGGCUCGACUGAUUUACAUUAUAAAUUCAAUGUCAAAAUCGUUAUCUUCCUACUGUGCA